GAGUGUGAGCGUCCAUGGCAGCGAUGAGGUGUAACGGUUUUUGAUAACUUUAGCCAUGUUUUCUCGUAAAUUCAUGAUUUAAACUAAAAUUCUGUAAGUUGAGGAUURCUAGAAAUGACAGAGAGAAAGUUUACGACGCUUCGAAAGCGUCUAGAUCAGUUGGGUUACCGCCAAGCGCUGGGAAUCGAAUCGGUUCCUUUGGUGGAAAAGUUGUUCAGUGACUUGGUUCAUACUACGGAAAGCCUGAAAAAUCUUAAACUACAAUCAUCAAAACACGAUAGAAGUAAAACAACUGUAGAAGACAACGURGAACCUUAUAGGAGUGACAAUGCAAAGUUAGUUAAAGAAAAUAACGAGCUACAUCUUCAACUUAUAAAACUUCGAGAGGAAUCGGAUGACAAGAUUCGAGACUUGAAGGCCACUGUUCGAAAGCUCGAGCAUGAAAACGCCGAUCUAAAAUUUCUCAACACUCAAUACGUGCACAAGGUGAAAGCUUUGGAGAAAGAUGCCAAGUCAAAGACUGAUAAAAUACAGGAAUUACAAGAGAAGAAUUUACAUGCRAUUGUGGAAACCCCGGGYGGACGAAGGAAACAAAUUCCGUUCCGCCGACAGCGAAUGGAUAUCGAAAGCACUGUUUCACCUGCCAARGAGAGYAGGGAAAACUCUCAACAAGAUGUUCAUGAUCCUUACGUUGCUGACUUACUAAGUGUUGCAGAUAAACGUAUAGAGGAGCUGGAAGCAAAAACUUCUCAGUUACAAGGAGACAGAGACGCCGGCGAAAGAAGAAAUCGUACUUUACGUAAACAAGUUGAAUCCAGGGACAAAGAGAUUGAGAGACURAACAGGCUGCUGGAGGGUGGACGUCCACUAGAUGCUGUCACUAGAGAUGUCAAGUCAGACAGUAGUGACAGGGUUGUUGCUCAUCUUAAUGUUCAGGUUGAUUAUCUUCAACAAGCUAAUCGUGAUCUUGAAAAGAGAUUAMAAAAUGCUGUCGACAAGCGUGAUAUGGAGGCUGAGAAGUCAGAAGAACUUGAAGCYAAAAAUGCAGAAUUAAUGAUGGAGCUAAAGAAUAUCGAUAGAGCAUCAAAAAGGUUUGAGGAAGAAAGAACAAUGGAUGUCAACUUGAUGAGGCGAGAUCUYACAGAUGCAAGGGCAGAAAUAAAGAAUCUUGAAAUACGUUAUGCUGACUGCAAUAAUGAAGUGAAAGAAGUUAGAAAGGAACGUCAGCGUUUAAUGGAGGAAAAUGAGCAAUUGACUGCACUUGUUGAAAAAGUAGAAAAAGACAAACGMAGUGCUACAGAGCUUCUAGAGAAGUCCGAGAAAGAACGGAAAAGAAUCUCUGAGAAAAAUGCUCAACUCACUAUCAAUGAAAGAGAACUAGUCAUGGACCUGGAGAGAUUAAAGAUAUCGAAAACAGCUAAAACGAAAAAGACAAGAGACAAGUCGCCUUCACGACUAGAGACUCUCGUUAAAACGUUGGAAAAAGAGCGUGAUUAUUACAAGUCAGAGUGCGAUUCACUACAAGACAUGAUGAGAAAACGUCUAAUUGCACCUUCUUCUCCAGCAAAGAAAAAAGGAGGCAAAGGAGGGAAGGGAAAGUCACAAGCUCAUCUAGAAAGCAUGCUACAACUAAUGGAAGAAGAACGAGAUUUUUACAAACGGGAGUGUGAACUAUURAGAAAUGUUCGUGAAAAAGGAGGAAUUAUGUCACCACCAACUAGAGAAAAGGAGUCGAGUGGUAAAAGUCAAUCAGAAGUGAAUAGACUACGACGAGAGAGAGAUGAGCUGCAAGCGAUGGUGGACAAGUUUGAAAAGCACUUGAUUGAGAUUCAAGCAAAUGUUAAGUCAUUGACCGAAGACCGUGAUAGCGUACAGACUUUAUACGAACAGGCCUUGGUUGAGAUAGAACGACUACGACGCUCGGUAUCUCGAGGUGGACGCUCUCCUUCACCGUCUCGCGCGGCCUCCGCAGUACUGUCACGCGUGGAAGCCGAAAGAGAUCAUGCCGUGGCUGAUUUACGACGAUCACAAAACCAAAUCGAAAAUUUACAAGACAAACUGAAGGCAGCUAGUGAAAGCAGYGAAUUAGAAAAGCGAAGAUACGAAGACAAAAUGGAAAACUAUGAAGCAAUGCUAGAAAAGGUUGAAGGAGAUCGCAACGAACUUCACUCUCGUGUGUCGUCGCUACGCAACAUGGUAUCUAGUCUUGAAGAUCAAGUGAAGCAAUCKUCUGCAGAACUUACCAGAGCCAAAGACGUAGCCUACGAAAAAGACUCCGACGUAAAUCGUGARAUUCUACGUGCUGAACAAGCUGAGAGAACAGCAGAAGAUUAUCAGCGUAGACUAACGCGUACUGCGGGUGAUCUGCAGGCCGCUGACGAGAAGGUUGUAAGAUUGGAAGAACGAAUAGAUUCCUUAGAGAGAAAACAUUCCUCAAGCAGAGAAGAAGCUGCUGAACUUCGAGCAACAAUCAAAUCAAUGGAUCGUGAAAAAGAUGAAUUACAACAACAAGUUGAYGAGAAGACCGAAGACAUAAUGAACCUGGAAGCGAUUAAAAUUACCUUGGAAAAAGCAGAAAAUGAACUUAAAUUGAAUAUGAAAGACUUGGAAGCUCAACUCGGGCAUACUGUAGAUCAAGGUACUUUCAAAGACAGAGAAAUGAAGAGUUUAAAAAGACAACUAGAAUCAAGAGACGACGAACUAGCAGAGAUGACGAGAGGAAGAGAGGCCGCAUUGAGAGAGAACCGUCGCCUCCAGGAAGAUAUAAACGCCAUGACUGAAGAAAAUCAAGCUCUACACCAACAACUUCAAGAGACAUUAGAGGAACAAGAAAACCUUAAAAUCCAAAUAUCAGAGUAYGCUAGACAGGUUUCCAGAAUAGAGGAACUACUAGCACAAAAGGAUCAAGAGAAGGAAGAUCUCAUGGAGCAAUACCGCGCUUUGACAUCUGAGGCUGACAGACUCGUUACUGAAUCYAAACAGCAUGCUGGGCAGGCUUCAAGCUAUCGACUGGAGAUUGCUCAGAGAGACCAAAGCGAGAGAGAUAUGAGAGACAAAAUGAGGAGACUGGAGCAUGAAAUUGAUCAGCAUGUUGCCUCUGCUAACGAAUAUGAAAUACAAGUGUCAAGCCUUACAAGAUCACUGGCUCAAAUGGAAGAACAACUUAGGCAAUCCAAUGAAGAUAGAGAAAACUUACUGCAAGAUAUAUCAGCGGUUCGAGAAUUAUGCAGAAAACUAGACCAAACAAGAGAGUCGUUAUCGCGGCAGUUGGCGACUAAAAGUUUGGAUCAAGAACAGUUACAAGAAUUAUUAGAGGACGCCAAAAAUGAAACAGAAAACCUUAGACGGAAGGUAUUUGACGAAAAAGAAACUGUCCGAAGUCUUGAAGGACUGAUUGCUAAACAACGACAAAAGGGAUACAGCGAACGAAAAUCUUUAGAAACWACUAUGGAAGAAGUAGACAGAUUACGCGAUAAACUUAAGAAAAAUGACCACGAAAAGUCAGUCCAAAGACAAGAAAUCGAUACCCUACGCAUGGCCUCAGAUAGGCUUGAAGAUGAAGUCACUAAACUUAGGAAAAAAUUGGUAUCUGAGAAAUAUGAAAGGGAAAAGCUGAUUCACGAAACAAGUAGAACAGGAUCAAGGUUUUCACGCAAUACUGACCAACAUUUGCAUACGUCAUUCACAAGUAGUGAAUUUACAAAGAUGCAGCCAAAAGAUAUGUCAUCACCUCUCGUAUCUGAUGCCAGYGACUCUGGUGCUCAUGCUAUCUCACCAAUACGCCACUACAGUGAUGAUGAUUACUCUGAUGCAAGUUGAAUCUUUGGAAAAGGAAAACAAUAAGAAAUUAGACUGAAUACAGACAGCAGGAUAUAAAACCAAAACAUUUGGUUACAAUGUUCUGUAAAGAUUUCAGGUGCCAGCUUCAAGGAGGAAAUGUGAACACAAUGACAAAGUUUACCAUAUUGAAGUGUAAGCAAGAGUACAUCAGCUAUUUCGAAAGGCUUUUGAUCAUAACCUUUUACUGCUGUACUAGUUACUUUUGUAUAGUAGAGUAUUAAGAAACUUUUGAACUGAUUACUUUUCAUAAAGGGAUGAUUUAUGAAACAAUGAAUAUUUAUUAGAGGGUAGAGGUCUGAUUGAAAAUCUAGAAAACAACUAAAAAUAAUAAGAAAGUGCUAAAUUUUAUCAUUGCAUUGUAAUUGGGGAUUGAUUAUGCUUUGAGCCCUAGAAGUUGCUACAGCUCCAAUAUCACUAUUAGRAGUUUAUCUAGUUUACUUGAAAUUGUUUGUCUGAUAUUAGGUCYUCUCUAGGUUUUUCUUUAGAAAUUCAUCUUGUACUAUUAAAUAACUCAUUAUGUAAUAUAGAGCUCACAAAAUACAUGCGCAAUACAGUUGUUAUAAUAUAUGAUUAUCUUAAUGUAUAAAGGUUACCAAGUAACCACUAUAUCAAACUCUACAUACCAUACUCAACACACUGUACUCCAGAGUACAAAGCCAAUAAAUUUGGCAAAAGAUUUAUAUCUUAGAUGAAUUUUUCUGAGUGUAUUUUGUAGCUUACAGUGUGGCCCGUACUGUAAUUAGUAAAAGAUAUAUUUUACAUGUUUGACAUCUAAAUUAUUUAAUGUCUUGUACUAUUCAAGUGAUUUUGGAUGUACAAAAUGUGUAAUAYUUAGUAGAGUGUAAAUGUAUCUAUUUUAUUAUUUUACUGACUUAUUUUAAAUAAAUUAUAAAAGAUUUAA